AAAUACUGGAGCUUAAGCUCAGGGUAUCAGAUCACUUCUGAGAAGUCUCAUCGGUGUGGAUCUCGUGUGGUGGAACGGAACAAUAAAGCUGGACCCUUGCUUCUUCUCACUCACGGCUGGUGUCUUUUUCUCUCUCCAACUGGGCUCAGAGGUAGAUUGUGUCUCACCUGUUACAAGUGCGUGUUUCCAAACAUUUCUCCACUCGACUGCCAGCAGGUUCCUAAGAAAUGUGCUGAAGGUGAGCGCUGCCUGCAUUAUACCGGCAAAGCCGUAAAGGACUCUGUGACUUUUGUGCUGAAAGACAAGAGCUGUGCCAAGGCGUCUGAGUGUGGUAUUACGGGACAGAAACGCGCCGCGGGACUCGUCUUCACCUACACCACACACUGCUGCGACACUGACCUAUGUAACGCUGUGGCCCCGCUCAGCGCCCCCUACUGGAGACGAACAGCACUUAGCCUCUGCGGCACGGUGCUCGCUGUCCUGCUGGCCUCAGUGUGAACCCCCACACACGCUACAUAUCUACUGUAUAUACCCUCUCUCACAGCUUCAAUGGUACAAACCCUCUGUAACUGACAGGAACGUUCUAGAACCUGACGAAACAUGUUCUGAUUCUAGAAUCAUGAACGCUGAUAUUACCCCUAACAUUUUCAAUAACUGGAACUAAAUACAAAAUACCUUGUUCCAAUUCAGGAACGUUAAAGUGCACUCGUGUUCUAGACACCUAACAUGUUCUGAUUCUGGAACGCUAAAGGUCAGUGAACGAUGCCAUAGUGAUGCUCCAUUUAACCGACCGUUUCACUGCUACGACCAUGUUACUGUUGUUGUUGCUUUAUUUGAUGAAUUUUAUAAAUUGCACAAGAAAGCCAUCCUAUAGGCCAUCCAUACACCAUUUUAAAACUGCCGAGGAUAACAAACACAAAAAAAGCCAUAGGCUUAUUUCCAAUGUUGUCCUCGAGGUUUAAAAACUGGUCACAUAUAAAGUGGUAAAACCACCCAUUCUAACACUUUUUAAAAUCAGUUUUAAAAAACAAAGCCAUCUUUUUACUGCCUUUCUAAAAACACCUUUAACUUGUAUCUGCUUUAUAAUACACGGUAAAUCAUUCAGUGCUAUACAGCUAGCAUUUAAAAAGGAUUUUCCCCCACUAAACUCUUAAAUCUACAAAGAUAAACACCAGUAUUACUCCUCCUAGUGCAGUGGUUCUCACCCAGGGGGCGCGGAGAGAUCGGAAUGGGGCGCAAAAUGAUGAUUUUUUUAAAUUCACAGACAUUGCAUCGUUUGGGUUCUUGGUGUAUUUUAUUGCUUUUCGAACAGAAUGUGUAUAAAUGAAAAACCCCGCGUUCCUUCUCUCCUUCUGUAUUUUACUUUUGCUGGGGGAGAGGCGGAGCUUAGCCUGACUUUUAUGUAGCUGUCAGUGCAGACCAGUGUUCCCAAAUUAGCGACUUUAAAAAAUAAAAAAUAAAAAGCGCCUAGUAACAUUUUGGACAAACCUUAGCGACUUUCCAAAUGUGGGCGGUACUGUUCUGUAAGCACGAGGUCCUGCUUUCACACUGCACUCACACCUCGCUCUCUCUCUGCGUCUGCUCUGUUCAGUGAGGGGCCGAGAGCCGGAGAUUUAACAAUGUCAUGGAUAACCAUCCGUUUACACCAUUCGCAUGAGAAUGUUUUUAGAACGCAAAAUGAAUGUAAUGUAACAUGUUUUACAUGUAAAAUAGUCCACGUUAUUACAGCCUAGUUCUCUUGUUCAAGGUAAUUAUGGUGUUUAGAAAUUUAUUAUCAUUCAUUAUUCAAUUUAUUAUCAUUCAUGUUCCAUACCUGUCCGUUAUAUAGUUUUAUAAAAGUCAUAAAAGUUAUUUUUAAAAAACUUUAGUUACACACACACACACACAUAUAUAUAUAUAUAUAUAUAUAACAGAUGAUCAUUAUAUCUGGUUUCCUCCAAUAUAUGGUCGGGGGGAUGCGUGUGCCACAUGAUAGGGAAGGCUUCAGGGGGCUUUAGUUGCAAAAGGUUGAGAACCUCUGCCCUAGUAAUGACUAUGCAAAAACAUAAUACUUUGGGACACUAUUCAUAAUCAUUUUAAACACUAAUACCAAUUUACGAAAGUUUAUUCUUUUGUCACCUUUUUUUUUUUGUAAAAACAAGUUCCCUAAAAUGUUCAUCAUUAGGAUGCAAUAUAAUUCAAUUCAAUUCAAUUUUAUUUGUAUAGCGCUUUUUACAAUAGACAUUGUCUCAAAGCAGCUUUACAGAAAUAUCAACACGGUGUACAGAUAUUAAAGGUGUGAAUUUAUCCCAACUGAGCAAGACACUGAGUGGCGACGGUGGCGAGGAAAAACUCCCUGAGAUGUUUUAAGAGGAAGAAACCUUGAGAGGAACCCGACUCAGAAGGAACCCGUCCUCAUCUGGGUAACAACAGAUAGUGUGAAAAAGUUCAUUAUGGAUUUAUAUGAAGUCCGUAUAAUAUAAUAUAACUCUGCUCAAUUUAUUUUGAGCAGUCUGCCAUUUUCUUUUGGUACAUUUAGAUAUACCGCUACACCAAAAUGAUGCAGCAGCAUCGUAAUGUGGCUGCACUAACGCUCUAGCUAACAUUUUAAGUUUGAAAGUCUAAAAAAAAAAAAAAAAAAAGUCAUUUGUCUUGCUAGAAAUUUUAUCCUGCUACAAAAUCUUCAUGUGGAUUAAAGCAGCCAUAUUGUCUCCCGACACUUUACUACAGUGUCUAACACACCCCAGGUACUUUACUUCUUGUUUAGACCCAAUAAUCAUAUCCCCGACCUUCAUUUCUACUCUAGAACUUUUUCUUUUUUUUAACUUUGGCACUCGAACCAAAUAAUAUAGACUCAAAUAUAGAGGCAAAGCGAGCUUAUUAUCUAUAAACCAUUCAGAAACCCCUUCAAUCUCUCUGUUUAGCUCGGCUUCAACUGUUUCUUUCUCAUCAUGAAAAACUAUUAUUGCUGCACUGUCUGCAUAUAAUAUAAGUUUGUACAAUAAUGAACGAUUUCACUCGGACGUCAUGUUGAUGUAAGGCGUAAACCAUGGAAAUGUGACUAGCGGUUGAUGUGAAAAGCAAUUUCAGGGUAAUUUAAUUCGUAAAGAGUCUUUCCCUAGAGAUUUACCAACAUGUCUGAAGGACACGUUGACGUUCUGGAUGGUUCUGUCUGGUUUCCAUAGUCACUGUGGUUUUACGACGUCUGUAUGGAAAGAUUCAGCUAUACAGGAGCUAGCUAAAUUGUUUGCUUUGGUAAUUCUUGUUCUGUUCUGAGUCAAGAAAAUAUUAAAAUCAUUCUAUCAGGUU